AUGAAGAUGCUCAGCAAGAUUGCUACUGGAUUCAAAAUAGCAAAUUACAAAAUUAAGCGUGUUCUAGUUGAUACAGGAAGCUCAACCAACAUCAUCCAAUGGAGAGUGCUGGAGCAAGCGAGGUUAACCGGGAACAUCAUUCUAGCGACAAAACUCUUAGCUAGCUUCAAGUUGACAAGCGUGACGACCCGAGGUGAGAUUUUGCUGCCUACACAUGCCGAGGGAAUAAUGAAGACCACUAUAUUCGAAGUGGUGGAUGGCGAUAUGGGGUACAAUGUAAUCCUCGGAAGGUCAUGGAUACACGAGAUGAAGGCCGCACCCUCAACAUAUCACCGGUUAUUGAAAUUUCCAACGCCGAAAGGGAUCAAGCAAAUAAGAGGAGAUCAACUGGCGGCAAGGGAGAUGAACGCGGUAACUAUUUCCAGCAGCAAAGGAAAAGAGUCCAACAAAUAG